GCCUUCUCCUCCUCUGCGCCCAUUCCUCACACCGUCAAUCGUUCAUUCCUCGAUUUGGGUCGAGCGUAUCGCGCAAUGGUAACCCAGGCGGAGGUCGGUCUUCCCGAUCAUAUCAGUCCUCUUUAUGUGGUCUUUCUGUCGGUGGCGGGGGUGAUGACCUUUGUGUCGACAUGCUUGGUGGUUGCCCGGUUUAUCUCGCGCUCCCUCACCAUCUCCAUCAAGUGGGAUGAUUGGUUCUGUCUUCUUGCUCUAAUCUUCGCCUAUGGAUUCCUCUGCACGACUGCUCUCGUCGCAACCGUGGGGCAUUCGGGCUACCAUAUCACUCAGUAUACCGAUCCUCUCGUGCUGGAGAAAUUCUUCCAGAUCACACUAGCCAACAACGUGAUCUACAACGUCAGCGUCGGGCUGACCAAGAUCUCAAUUCUGCUGUUCUAUCAACGGAUCUUCGCCGUCAACAAGACCUUCCUGCUCUGCACCUGGGUGAUUGCAGGCCUUUCCGUGGGUGCAUGCCUCGCUGCGGUCUUUGGGCUCAUCUUCUCCUCCAACCCGGUGGAAGCGCAGUGGAAAUAUUGGAUGCCCAGCACGACCAUCCACAACAAGAGUUUCUGGAUUGCCAUGGGGAUCGUCAACAUCCUACUCGAUGCGACCAUUCUGGCUCUGCCGCAGCCGGUUGUCUGGCGAUUGCAUCAGACGCGCCGGCGCCGGAUCCUGCUUUCUCUGGUCUUUAGUCUAGGCGGAUUUGUCUGUUUGGCCAGUAUUAUCCGGCUGAUUUAUAUGGCUACGGUGGAUAUAACCGAUCUGACAUACACCUUUGUGACCCCCGGCAUUUGGACUAUGGUCGAAAUGAACAUGAGCAUUAUUUGUGCAUGUCUGCCAGUGAUCCCGAACCUGGUUCAGCACGUCCGAACAUCUCGAUCGACGGUGGGGGCCAGCACGGGCUGGAGUAGCAUGGCAUACCUCCGCGCCUUCCGCAGCAACAAGUCCGGCUUCAGCGCCCCCAGCUCUAUUCGGUCCCAUACGGACGGUUCCAGACAGGGGCUCUACACCGACAUCGAAACCGCAAAUACCGAAGGCGAUAAUUACCAUCUGGGCGAUGUGAGCAAAGUUCAUGUGAAGAUGGACUUGCAGCAGAACUGGGAUCCUGUAAAGAGAUAAUUUGUUUUGUUUUCAUUUGUUCGGUUCAUUCAUUAAGUGUAUGGGUGUGUACUUUACAAAACAGCCCCUAAGGCGCCUGGAGACGGGUCAGACAGAUGCGAGGCGGUUGGGGAAUAGAGGAG